GCGUGGUGAUAGACUGCUAUAUUACAACGGUAGAUAACUACAUCGGCCAUCAGCAGACGACAAAGGACGGGACACCGUGCAUAAGAUGGGAUUCUAAAGAUUAUGAGGAUUACACAAACGAACAAUUCCGUGACGCUACAGUAUCAGAUGCAGCAAACUUUUGUCGUGCUGUCGGAGAGAAUUAUCUCUGGUGUUGGACAUCACACGAUUGGGACAGAUGUGGAAUUGAAAAAUGCGUGGUGAUAGACUGCUAUAGUACAACGGUAGAUGACUACAACGGCCACCAGCAGACGACAAAGGACGGGACACCGUGCAUAAGAUGGGAUUCAAACGUUUUACAUGUCUACGAAAAUGAACAAUUCAUUGACUCUACAGUAUCGGAUGCAGCAAACUUUUGCCGUAAUAUCGGAGAGAAUUAUCUUUGGUGCUGGACGUCAAACAGUAGCGAUUGGGACAUAUGUGGAAUUAAAGAAUGUGAAAACAACGGUAUAAACAAAUGUGGAAAUCUAAAAAUUAAGCAACCAGCUUUACUAGGAAGAAAUGUAACGUUUACUUUUACACCGGACUCACAGGAUCCAAAUGCAAUUCUGGAAUGGCAACAAGCAGCCGACGACAACCCAUGGUAUACUCGUCCUUUGACAUACAAGUUUACACAGUAUUAUGACAAUGGAACAUACUACAUGGUCUUAACAGACAGUUUACUUAAAGAUGAUGAGGUUUAUUACCGGAUACAUUAUUACAACGAAAGCGUGCACUGUUGGAUGAAAGCAGGAAAACUUGAACUUGAUGGUAAGUCCAUUUUUACUUCGUAA